AUGGCAUGCUAUGUAGCAGCCGACUUCACAUCAUCACAUCCACUUGAAUACCAAGUCAUGGUGGCACAACUUACUAUCUUCUUCUUCCAUGCUGAAGACAUACUUGAGCACAAACCGGAAGUGCUUCGUCGCCUCCAGCUCAACAUUGCCACGGGUCAACCAUGUGGUGACCCGGUACUUGACUGGUAUGCUCGAGAGUUGACACCACGUCUAUGGCAGCACUUCGACCCACUCGUCGCCAACAUGAUCGUCAUAGCAUGUUAUGAUUUCAUUAAUGGCAUCGGUAUUGAAUCUCUAACAAAGGACGUCGAACUACACCCAGAGGCGCCCAAUUUCCCAGACUGGCUGCGUUUCAAGACAGGGCUAUCACCCAUGUAUUCGCUUUUGGCAUUGGCACGCACCUCAGACCGGAAACUUCCUACGGGAGGAUUCGAGAAAUUUGUCCAAGUCAUCCCGGACGUCAUUGUCUUCACUAAUAUUGUCAAUGAUGUUAUCUCUUUCUAUAAAGAGCUAUUAGCUGGAGAGACAGGCAACUAUAUUGAUAUGCGCGCCCAAAAUGACAAAGUCAGCGUGCUGAUAGCGUUGCGCAAUGUGGCUGAUGAGGGUAUACGUGUUCGUGAGCGUGUUCUGGCUGCUCUCGCUGACGAACCUGAGUACCGUGCAAAUUUUGAGGUUUAUGCCAAGGGUAUCACUCGAUUUCAUACAUCAUCUCCGCGCUAUCGUAUGAUGGAGCUAUUUGGAAGCCUCUGA